CCUUUGUGGAGACAGUAGCAGGGCCUGGAGAGGGCUUAAAAGCCCCAGAGAUGAGUGCCAACAGCAGCACGGUGGGUCAGCUCCUCUGGCAGGGGCCAGUGUGCAAUGGCUGGAAGGCGGCUGUGGAAGGUGCACUCUAUCACCUGGCCAACUGCUUCUUGCUCAUGGGCUUCAUGGCAGGCAGUGGAGUCUAUGGCUGCUUCUAUCUUUUUGGUAUCCUGGGCCCAGGCUUCCUCUGCUGUGUGCUGUGGGGCUGGUUUGAUGCCUGUGGGCUGGACAUCAUCCUGUGGAACAUCCUCCUGACAGUGGCUUGCCUGCUUCAGCUGGCACACCUGCUAUAUCGCCUGCGGGUGAACACCCUCCCUGAGGAAUUCAACCUCCUCUACAAGACACUGUGCCUGCCCCUGCAGGUGCCCCUGCAGGCCUACAAGGAGAUUGUCCACUGCUGUCAUGAGCAGGUCUUGACACUGGCCACGGAGCAGACCUAUGCCGUGGAGGGUGAGACACCCAUCAACCGCCUGUCCCUGCUCCUCUCUGGCCGGGUUCGAGUGAGCCAGGAUGGGCAGUUUCUGCACUACAUCUUUCCAUACCAGUUCUUGGACUCUCCUGAAUGGGAAUCGCUGCAGCCUUCUGAGGAGGGGACCUUCCAGGUCACGCUGACCGCCGAGACCGAAUGCAGCUACAUUUCCUGGCCCCGAAAAAAUCUCUACGUCCUUCUGAACAGAGAGCGCUACAUCUCCCGCCUCUUCUCAGCCCUGCUGGGCUACGACAUCUCAGAGAAGCUAUACACCCUCAACGACAAGCUGUUUGCCAAGUUCGGGAUGCGCUUCGACAUCCGCCUGCCCAGCCUCUACCAUGUUCUGGGUCCGUCAGCCUCAGAUGGAGGGCCCGAGUCUGAGAAAGACGAUGAUGAAGAAGAAGAAGUCUUUGAGGCCGCUGUGUCCCCUGCUCAGGCCAGGCCUAUCUGCAUCCUGCCGACCCCCCUUUGUUCCCCACCUCCAACUACCACCAACUUCCCUGUGCCCCUGUCCCGGGCCAGGACGCCCAGGCCUGACAGCGGCGGCACCCUGGGUGAGGACUCCACCAGUCUGGUGCUGGAGGAUUUUGAGGAGGUUUCGGGAUCAGAGUCGUUUAUGGAUUAUAGGAGUGAUGGGGAGUACAUGAGGUGAGGGCAGAACUAACAUGGGCACACGUCACCAUCUCAGGAUCCUAUGUAAGUAUGCAGAAGUGAAUGUGCCUGCUCCUGUGCUGCCUGCCUCUGUGUCCCUCUCAGAGGACCACUGGCUGCUGUAACCCAACCCUGCCUGCGCUCACAGCAGAUGCAUG